AUGCACGCAUCCCCCGAAGAAUUAGAAAGAGAGGCAGACCAGUAUACUAGGAAAAGAAGCAAUUUUAUUAUUAAAAUGAUAAUGAGCUAUGACACAGACAAAGCAGUGCUUUUAUACGAAAAAGCGGGGCAGGCGUACUCUCGGGCAGGCCGGCACGAGAAAGCGGCUGAGAUGUAUUCUUCCUCUGCAAACAUUCUUAUAGACACAAAAGAAGAAAACAACAAGUAUGAAAUAUUUUCGUAUCUUGAAAAAAGCGCAGAAUCACUUUUGGCUGCAGAAAAGAAAGAGGAGGCCAUUUCUGUAUACAAGAAGGCAUUAAAUGAACUAUCAAUGAGCACAGAGGCUACUUCGGUGGUUGCCUCUCUUACAGCUAAAAUAGGGGGGCUGCUCAGAGAGACAGAUCAAGAGAAAGAAGCUCUGAAAUACUUCUACAGAGCUGCAGAUGUGUAUGGAAGAUCAAAGAUGCACAUAAACAAAAGAAACAUUUUGAUACAGUGUGCAGCUAGUGAGAUUCGGUUCAAGAACUAUGAAAAGGCAUUUGAUUUGUAUAAAGCUCUAUCAAAUGACAAAUCUGAAAUCAGCCAUGUUUUAGAAAAAACAAGCUUUCUGUUUCUUGGUGUUUUAUGUGGGAUUAUUUUAGAGAAAACCAAGGAUGCGUAUGAGCUGCUAAACCAAAUGGAUGACACAAGAACAGAAUCGCAGAUUGCAUAUAGAAUGCUUGAUGUUAAAACAAAAAGAUCAUCAGACCAGGCAGACCUUGAAAAGACUAUUGAGUACUUCAAGAGAACAAACAAGCUUUCAUCAGAAGUCACAAUAGCCAUGCAUGAUGCGCAAGUUGCAAUUGACCCCAACAAUGAUAUACUGUAG